AUGAGUGGGUUUCUGAGUCAACCAGGAGAUAUUAUUAUUGGGGGAACCUUUCUCAUUCACAUGAACUGGAAUUAUAUCCAACCCCUAUUCACCACCAAUCCCACCGACCUGCAGUGUCAGACAUUCGGAAGUGAGUAUUACCAAGGUAUGCAUGCCUUGAUGUUCGCUGUCCAAGAGAUCAACAAAAACCCUGAGCUUCUCCCCAACACAACUUUGGGUUUCCAGAUAUUUGACACCUGCAUAGCCAUGAGACGCGCAGCACAAGGAAUGUUCUGGAUGUUAUCAGGGAGACAAGAGCUCACCCCAAAUUAUCACUGCAACAGAGAGUCAAGUCUGGCUGGUAUUAUUGGAGAUUCUGGCUCCACCAAGGCUAUUUUGAUGGCUCAGAUCUUAGGACUCCACCAUUACCCACAAAUAAGUUAUUAUGCAACCAGUCCUCUUCUCAGCAACCGAGCCUUGUUUCCUUCCUUUUUCCGUACUAUACCUAGUGAUGAGUUUCAAAUGAAAGGAUUGGCCCAGCUUGUCUCUAAGUUUGGUUGGUCAUGGGUUGGUCUUUUGGCAACUGACAAUGACUAUGGGCAAUAUGGGAUGCAGGUGGUAAAGCAAGAAGUGCUCAAAGCUGGGGCUUGUGUUGCAUUUAUUGUAGAUAUUAUGACCGGCAAGCCUGACAGGAAUGCUCCCCAGAUUGCUCGGAUCCUCAGAGAGUCAACAGCUAAGGUUGUAGUUGUGAUGGCCUCUGACGCUGAUUUUAUGAUUGUGCUGGAAGAACUCUUGAGGCAGAAUGUGACUGGCAAAGUCUGGGUAGGCAGUGAAGCCUGGGCAGGUUCCACUUUACUAUCAGCAAAAAGAUUUCAGGCUGUUUUGGUGGGCUCAGUUGGCUUUAGCAUCCACGCUGAUCAGAUAUCUGGGUUUGCAGAGUAUUUUGAAAGCCUCAAUCCAUAUUCAGAUCUUCAUGAUCCAUUCAUAAAGGAAUUUUGGGAACACGCUUUCUCUUGUAAGUGGCUCUACCAAGAUGAUUUAGUCAUCAAUGCCUCACUCCAGCCAUGUACAGGGAAAGAAAAAUUGGGGAAUGUCAUGUUGAAAACAGACUUUCGACUUUCUCUCAAUGUCUACACUGCAGUUUAUGCAUUUGCUUGGGCCCUACAAAAUCUUUAUGACUGUCAGCUUGGAAAAGGACCAUUUCAGCAUGGGAGCUGUGCCAACAUCUCCUUUUUUCAGCCUUGGCAACUUUUCUACUACAUUAAACAUGUCAAUUUUAAAACCAAAGAUGGGAACCAUAUAUUUUUUGAUGCUAAAGGGAACCCCCCACCAAUUUAUGAUAUUAUAAACUGGCGGGUGAGUGCUAAGGGCUCUACAGAGCAGAUUAUUGUAGGGAGUUAUGAUGCAAGUGCACCAGAUGGGAAGAACUUACCUGUGAACACAUCUACAAUAUUAUGGAACACUGGUGAAACUCAGGUAUGA